AUGAACAACCUCAGUUAUCAAAGUACUUUUGCCACAGAACAACCCUUCUCCACAAAGAUCAAUCAAGAUCUACAAAACCAGCAGCAACCAAAUCUACAAUCAUUCAAUGCAAAACAAGACGAAUUAGAAGAAUCUGAUUUUAGCAACCUGAUCGAAGACGACAAUGUCGGUGCUGGUGGAUUAACCCAAACUUCGGGUACCAAUCCUUUCAUAAAACGUGACGUGAUUACAUCCGACGUUCAAAAUCCCAAUGUUGUGUUCCCAACAUCCUCGGGCCCCUCUUCAUUAAGUAGUAGCGUGAAUCCAACAACUGUUUUCCCAACCUCAAAAACACAAUCCAUAACAUCUGGUGGGAAUGUUUCAUCCGACUUGGGCUCCAUUCAUAAAGCCUUCUCCAAUGAAGGUGACUCAAGUAAGGAACAGGCAAAGAAUUUGGUUCUCUCUGAAAGUGCAGCCAAUGCAACCACAGUCAGUGGCAGCGGUGGUCCCUCCUCUUUGGCCACUUCUGCAGAAACUGUAUUCCCAACCAGCAGCACUACAAGUUCUGCCACUGGAAUUCCAAGUAAAACUAUUUCUACUGAACCUGCAUUGGGAAGUGCAACGAGUGCUACUGGGAAUAUUAACACUGCUCUCGAGUCUGCAACCAAGGAAUUGAAAAGGACUGGACAAGUGAUUCAACAACAGGCACAAUCGGUCUAUGAUCGUGUUAGAAAUAGUGAUGUGUUUAGAUGGUCCAAUCUUGGUGUCUUGGUAAUCAAUGUGGUUCUUAUUGUGUUGAUUGCAGUGUUGUUCUAUUAUGGAAUUUAUUAA